UUAGGCAAAAGCUCUGAGCGAUAUAUAGAGAUCUACCCAUUUAACGAGAUUUUAACAAAAUUCACAGCUGAAGGUGUCUACUACGAGAAAUUAAAAACCCGAAUCCUUCCAUGCCCUGCCAUAGAAGGCGAUGGAAUGGUAAUCCAACGAAGUCUUUCUGAGAUUCCUUUAUUACCUGAACCCCAAAUACUGGAAGGUUUACGUAAAGCUUUAGCAUCAUUUGGCACGGUCAUUGAUGUUGGCCUC